UAGUCUGUCAUGAUCAGAAACCUUUCAUGUGCUACAACGAAACCAGCAACAUCACUGAGAGAUACACCCUGAUUAGCACACUGAAAACCUGGCCUGACGCUCAGCAGUACUGUAGACAACACCACACUGACCUGGUCAGUAUAAAGAGUGCCAGUGAAAAUGAAGACAUGAAGAAGAAAGCUCCGGCCAGUCCCUUCUGGAUCGGCCUGUUCAAUAACCCGUGGAAGUGGGCUGACGAGGAGAACUCAACAUUUCAAAAGUGGGACAUUGGGGAACCAGACAAUAUGUUAGGCAAUGAAAACUGUACAAUGAUGUACCACACCCAGGGCCAAUGGAGGGAUGCUCCUUGCAGCCAGCGGUACUUCUUCUUCUGCUAUGAAGGAACAUUCAGCCACUGUUCUGAAUGCCAUGGAAACGCAGUCUGCCAACCUUCUUCAAAAUCUGUGCAGUGCGUCUGCGCUGAAGGGUUUGUGGGAGACGGCUUCUCCUGCUACAACAGGACUGAGUGCAAUGAAACCACCGACUGCUGUCCUCAUGGCUUCCAGUGGUCCAACGAACACGGGUGCACUGACAUUGAUGAAUGCGCGGCAGAUGGGGACCUCAAUGACUGCCCCCCGCAGUCCAGCUGUGUGAACACUAUCGGAUCCUUUCACUGUCUGUUAGAUCAUAUUUCUAAACGCAGUUCUCGGUCUGUAUCAUUCAGCUGUAUAAACCAGCCAUGCCCCUCAGGCCAGGACUGCAUUACAGAUAGCUGUGCUGACCCUUGCCAACAGUACAAAGUCCUGGAUGAACCGUGGCGUUCCACUAAUUUUCCAAUAGCUCCAUCGUCAGAUCGAAAAUGUGAUAGUGGUUUGUUUGGAUGGUAUCGCUUUUUAGUGAAUGAUAGCGUGAGAAUGCCAGAAAAGUGUGUUCCAGACUACAGCUGUGGAAGUGAUGCAACCCUGUGGAUCACUGGUACUCACCCUGUGGAAACGGAUGGAAUAGUUAGUCGCACGGCUUGUGCUGGAUGGCAAUUAAACUGCUGUCAUUCUUCAAUCACAGUUCAUAUCAAAGCAUGUCCAGGCAACUACCACGUUUACAAAUAUCAAGGAGUUCCUUGGUGCUACCACGUUUACUGUGCAGAAUAUAACCCAACAAUCACAGCACUGCAAACUGUACCACUGAGCUGUUUAAACCAGCCGUGUCUAUCAGGCCAGGACUGCAUUACAAAUAGCUGUGUCGACCCUUGCCAGCAGUACAAUGUCCUGGAUGAACCGUGGCGUUCUACUCAUUUUCCAGUAUCUCCGUCGUCAGUUCCAAAAUGCGAUCUUGAUCUGAAUGGAUGGUAUCGCUUUUUAGUGAAUGAAAGCGUGAGAAUGCCGGAAGCGUGUGUUCCGGAAUACAGCUGCGGGACUCACGCACCUAUGUGGAUCAAUGGUACUCACCCUCUGGAAACGGAUGGAAUAGUUAGUCGCCAGUCUUGUGGAAAGUGGAGUUCAAGCUGCUGCUAUUUUACAACCACAGUUCAUAUCAAGGCAUGUCCAGGCAACUACCACGUUUACAAAUUUCAAGGAACUCCUGGGUGCAACCUAGCUUACUGCGCAGAAUCAAAUCUCAUAACCAAAGCACCGGAAUCAACCACAGAGCAACCAACUGAAACCACAGAACGAUCCACUGAAACCACAGAACGACCGACUGAAACCACAGAACGAUCCACUGAAACCACAGAACGAUCCACUGAAACCACAGAACGACCAACUGAAACCACAGAACGAUCAACUGAAACCACAGAACGACCAACUGAAACUACAGAACGACCAACUGAAACCACAGAACGACCAACUGAAACCACAGAACGAUCCACUGAAACCACAGAGCAAUCCACUGAAACCACAGAACGAUCCACUGAAACCACAGAACGACCAACUGAAACCACAGAACGAUCAACUGAAACCACAGAACGAUCCACUGGAACCACAGAACGACCAACUGAAACCACAGAACGACCAACUGAAACCACAGAACGAUCCACUGAAACCACAGAGCAAUCCACUGAAACCACAGAACGACCAACUGAAACCACAGAACGACCAACUGAAACCACAGAACGAUCCACUGAAACCACAGAACGACCAACUGAAACCACAGAACGAUCCACUGAAACCACAGAACGAUCCACUGAAACCCAGACCUCUCCAGAAUCAGAAUCAAGUCCCGCAGCCAAAGCUCCAGGAACUACAGAACCAUCGACUGGAACCCAGACCUCUCCUGAACCAGGAAAACGCAGGCAGGUGGUGAGGAUUGAGAUAAAUGCAGCAGAGGGAUUGGACCCUGAAGACCCAAAGAUCACAGAUGCCAUUUUAGCUCAGCUUCAAGAGCGCUUACCCAAAGGCAUGACGCUGCGCUGGAAAAAGAAAGACGGGAAGAUUUUCCACAAGCAGGAAGAGGAGGAGGAGGAGAUGGAGAUGGAGACGUGCUCCAAACCCUGAGAUAGCACAGCCUGGCCAGCACCCCAAAUUCACUGACCUGCUUUUAGAUUAUUAACCUUUACUUUCCAUCUACAUUAUCUGAAUGAUUAAUUGUGUACCUCUUUAAAUGAUAUCAGAUGUGUGUUCUAGCAUUCUCUAUUGCUGUUUCUGCUUAGAUCCAUUCAUAACCACCAAACACUCAACAGUGCUGAACUAUCAAUCACAAACAUUUUCAUGACCCCUAGUGGUCAUUUCAAACAACUGCAGAGAUUAAUUCAUUCAGCUGUCAAGAGUCGGAUGAGCAGCAGCCUCUGUGGUUGAUAAAGGCCAUCAGUUCAGUAAGCCUGGUAAAGAACGAUCCAAGCAGAAAUAGCAAAAGAGGAUUUUACAAAACAAAUGUAAUAGGAUAGAACAGUAUCUCAUCAUCAUUAUUAUUAUUAUUAUUAUUAUUAUUAUUAUUAUUAUUAUUAUUAUUAUUA